AUGGCUAUUGGAACUGGCUUUAAACAUAUGGCUGUUGUUCUGAGCUUCUGCGCCUUUUCUGCAGGCCAUGUGGUACUUCUGCAACCUAGCAUUGGAUACGUAUAUCCUCCGCAGGUAGUCCAAGGACCACCGCAGCCUCAAGACCACGAAGGUUACUAUUACAACCCGCCUCCACAACCACAUCGGCCAGGCCCGUCGGAGCAUUUCAACCACCAGAACCAGGUGCAAGGGCCCGUGCCGCCUUACCCGUACCCGUACCCGGCCCCCGGCUACGGAGACGGCUUUCCUCAGGAGGCAGAGUGUCUGCUCGUCGCAUCCACCGGCAACUCGGUGUCCGGGGAGCUGCGGCUGACGCAGGCGGCGCCGGGCGGGGGCGUGCGCGUGACCGGCACGGUGUACGGCCUCAGCCCCGGGCGCCACGGCUUCCACGUGCACCGCGACCCCGACACGGCCGACGACUGCAAGGCGGCCGGCCCGCACUUCAACCCGCACAACCAAACGCACGGCGGGCCGACGGCCGCGUCGCGGCACGCGGGCGACCUGGGCAACAUCGAGGCGGACGGCGCGGGCGUGGCGAGCGUGGACGUGGUGGGCGACAUGCUGAGCCUGGAGCCCGGCGCGGAGGGCUUCGCCGUGGGGCGCGCCUUCGUGGUCCACGCCAAGGCCGACGACCUGGGCCAGGGCGGCGACGACGAGAGCCUGCGCACGGGCAACGCCGGCGCGCGCCUCGCCUGCUGCGUCGUCACGCAGCGCUACUGACCCCCGCGCCAACCCCUUCACAUUGCAGCUUCCACCGCACACCGGCGAAGUCUCUUUCGCCUAGGGAUGCGACACCGCUGCUCAAAAUGAAUGCGUCGACUCGAAACCAUCGAUGAUAUUCAACUGGAUUAGUAACUAGUGAAGUCUCUUUCGCCUGGGGAUGCGACAUCGCUGCUAAAAAUUAAAGUAUCGAGCCGAAAUCGUCGACGAUAUUCAACUGGUUAGUAACUAGUGAAGUUCACCUGUGGGGUGUGGUAAUUACAACGAGUUUCGUUUAUUAAAUUUUAAUUGUGAUUUAACUGACAAAACUAAGCCAAAGGAUCAUCGAAAUAGUUAACAAAACUUGAAUUAUCUUACUCGAUAUUUCAAAAUUCUAUAUGCUUUUUCAUUGAUGAAAAUUCGACCUUAUUUAUUUAUCCCCUUGGUAACUUUUAUCUGAAGAAUUUUCAGUUAAUGAAUACAUGAAAAUUAUUAUAGAAUUUUGUUAUGAUGGCGUUUUCCCAUUUCAAAAAUAUGGACGAAGUAAAUGUGAAAUCUAAAUAAUUGCCGAGAAAACAUCGGCAUCAAAAAAACGAAUGUUGAAUAAAUCGAUGAUUGUAUAAAAAUAUCGAUGUUUUGGAGACCUCGAUGACGAUGUCGCAUCCCUAUCUCCUUCGCGAGGAAAAGACGCUCUGCCGUUCGUUUACAUCAUCUACCGGUUGCGCGAGAAACAGUGUCGCCGAUGAUAAAACAAAAACUUUUAUAAUAUCUGAGUUUAUAAUAUCUGAGUAAAUUAAGUGCUGCUUUUUAUUGAUGGCUCUUCGCCUACAAUUCUGAUAAAGACCAAAAAAUGUGUGAUCUUUCUAAUGUUUCAAAAUUGAAGUGUGAUUUCUGCUGAGUUCAAAUGAAAUAUCAGCAUAACGCUUGCCCACUGGGCAGCCAAGAUGAUUCAGUGGUUAAUCAAAACUCAGACGUGGAAUUCAGUAAUAGUCAAUUGAAAUUAUUAUUCAAAUCUAAUUCUUUACAGUGAACAAAUCGUAUCUUCCAGUGCAAAUUUACUGAAUGACAACAAGAAACGGGAUUUCCUCAAACAAGAAAUGUCACCCAACAAUAAUCAGAACAAUAUCACAACAAGCAAUCCUACAGAUGUGUUUUUCAAAUAAACUAUGACCACGAGGAAAAAACACUAUUGCCAUUCAUUUACAGCAAACCAGGCGCACGAAAAUCAGGGUCGCCGAGGAUAAAAUACCUAAGGUAUAUGAAGGUAAUAUGGCCACGUUAAGCGCCUCAAAUUUUGCUAUUUGUAUAUUUCAACAUUUGGAGAAAUUAACAGCAUGAUGAAAUUUAACACUUUUGCUUCGAGCUGAAAUAACUAUAUAACAAAAACGUGAUUCCGGAAUAUUUUGUUGUUAUUUUACAAAAACAUUGUAAUUUCAAGGUAAUAUGCCCACAUGCAUAUUUUAUGGCCAUUGCCAAAUUAACUUUCUCCUUGUAGCAUGUCCAUGAAACUAGGGCU